AUGGCCAGCAGUGAUCAAGACUACCACUUUGCUUUAGAGAAAGGUUUACAAUGGUGGAUUACAAACAGUACUGCACCUCUUGGGAAGAACUUAUCUCAGCUGUUGAAAGUUUGUGGUGAUAAGGAUGUAGCUACUACACUGAGAGGACAACUAGAUAUUAAAUAUGAAGGAGAUCACAUUUCUACAACAAGUCAUAUUUUUGACUCUACUGUUGAUAUCAACUGUACACUAGUCAAUGAUAUCACUCCUCUUAUGAUAGCCUCAUCUUGUGGACAUAUAGAGACAGUAGAAGUCCUCUUACAAGGUGGAGCUAAGAUCAACAAGAAUGCAGAUGUUAAUGAUCAGGAUAAAGAAGGAUGGACUGCUCUAAUACUAGCUAGUCAAAAUGGUCAUUCACAGGUUGUUGAACUAUUACUCAAAAAGAAUGCAGAUGUUAAUAGAAACACUGAAAAAGGAUGGAACGCUCUAAUGAUAGCUAGUCAAAAAGGUCAUACCCAAGUUGUUGAACUACUACUUCAAGAAAACACAGAUGUUAGUGUACAGGCUACAAAUGGAGCAAAUGCCCUAAUGUUUGCUGUUGACCAAGGUCAUAUCCAGAUUGCUGAACUACUACUGAAAAAGACUGAAAAUGUUAACAUUCAAGACAAAAAUGGAAAUACUGCCCUAAUACUAGCUAGUAAAAAGGGUCAACUAUUUGUUGUUGAACUAUUGAUAAAAAAAAAUGCAGAUGUUAACAUUCAGAAGGAAGAUGGAGCGACUGCCUUAAUGCUAGCUAGUCAAAAUGGUCAUUCACAGGUUGUUGAACUACUACUCAAAGAGAAUGCAGAUGUUAAUAUUGUGAAGGAAGAUGGAGCGACUGCCUUAAUGCUAGCUAGUCAAAAUGGUCACACACAAAUUGUUGAACUACUACUCAAAGAGUGUGGAUAUGUUAAUAUUCAGAAGGAAGAUGGAGCAACUGCCUUAAUGCUAGCUAGUCAAAAUGGUCAUUCACAGGUUGUUGAACUACUACUCAAAGAGAAUGCAGAUGUUAAUAUUCAGAGCAAAGAAGGAGUGACUGCCUUAAUGAGAGCUAGUCGAAAUGGUCAUAACCAAGUUGUUGAACUACUACUCAAAGAGAAUGCAGAUGUUAAUAUUCAGAAGGAAGAUGGAGAGACUGCUCUAAUGUUAGCUAGUAGAAAUGGUCAUACACAAGUUGUUGAACUACUACUCAAAGAGAAUGUGGAUGUUAACAAAGUCGCUGAAAAAGGAUGGACUGCACUAAUGUUAGCUAGUCAAUUUGGUCAUACCCAAGUUGUUGAACUACUACUUCAAGAAAACACAGAUGUUAAUGUACAGGCUACAAAUGGAGCAAAUGCCCUAAUGUUUGCUGUUGAACAAGGUCAUACCCAGAUUGCUGAACUACUACUAAAAAAGACUGAAAAUGUUAAUACUCAAGACAAAAAUGGAUAUAGUGCCCUAAUGCUAGCUAGUAAAAAUGAUCAUAUACAAGUGUGUUGA